CAAUGGACAAUCUAUUGGGGCUUCUCAGAAUUCAUGUGAAGAGAGGUGUGAAUCUCGCCAUUAGAGAUAUCUCAAGCAGUGAUCCUUAUGUCGUCGUUCACUCAGGAAAACAGAAGCUGAAAACACGCGUAGUGAAACAAAGUCUUAACCCAGAGUGGAACGACCAUUUAACGCUUUCUGUGACUGAUCCAAAUCUCCCUGUUAAACUUACGGUUUAUGACUAUGACUUGCUCUCGGCGGAUGACAAAAUGGGUGAAGCUGACUUUAGCAUUGCUACUUAUCUUGAAGCCAUUAAAUUCCGCCAUACGCUCGAAGGAGGACUUCCUGAUGGGACGAUAAUAAUGAAGAUACAACCGAGCAGACAAAAUUGUUUGUCUGAAGAGAGUCAUAUUGUGUUGAACCAAGGAAAGCUUGUUCAGAAUAUGUUCCUUAGGCUCCAGCACGUGGAAUGUGGAGAAGUGGAGAUACAGCUUGAGUGGAUUGAUAUCCCCGGUUCAAGGGGUAUUUAAGCCAGACCCCUCUUAGGACGUGUGCUGAGAGUGAAAAAGCACAAAACCCCACAUUUUUCUUAGUUUUUCAUUGUAUAUGUCUUAUAUUUUUAUUUUUAUUUUGUUAAAAUUUGUAGACCCUAAAUUUGAUUAGUUUUUUUUUUGACAACACAAGGCCAUAUAUAAUUUGAGCGGG